AAUAAUGGCUGAGUCUGCAAUUGGAAGAAACGAAGGGCUUUGCACUCACCAAAUAGCCGUGGACGCAUCAGAACGGCUAUUUAGCUAUUCUAGAAGCCGACAACAGCGGCCGGUCUAUAAGAACAGAUGGAAAUCACGGCCAAACAACUCGUCGCCAACUUCUCUCAGCAAUCAAUCAACUCUCUGAAUCCUCAUCCCAUUCAAACAAUUGCCCGACAACUCGCUUCAUCAACAAGCCCCCAACAAGAACAGAUGGCUUCCUCCUUACCCUCCAACAUCCGCGCCCUUCUCCAACCAGACAUCCACUCCACCGACCUCAUCCUCACCUCAAUGCCCCUCCAACCCACACAACCCAACACCUCCGAACACCUCAUCAAAGUCCUCGCCACGGCCCCCUGCGCCGGCGAGCUCCUCUGGGCCAAAAACUUCCCCGGCUUCAUCCCCCGCGACCACCCCUUCGUCCCCUGCUUCGACCUCUCCGGCACCGUCGUCACCGCGCCGCCCGCCUCCCCCUUCCAGCCCGGGGCGCACGUCUACACACGCACGCCCGCCACGCGCACCGGCAACGCGCGCGAGUACGCCGUUGCGCUGACCAGCGAGCUCGCCGCGAAGCCGCGCAACCUGUCCUGGGAGGAGGCGGCCAGCGUGCCGCUGAGCGCGCUCACGGCGUACCAGGCGCUGUUUGUGCACGGGGGUUUGGCGGCGGGCUGGAAGAGCGAGGCCGGCCGGGCGGCGAAUGGGACGAAGAGGGUUUUGAUUACGGCGGCGGCGGCGGGUGUAGGCGUGUGGCUGGUGCAGCUUGCGAGAGCGGCGGGCGUGAGGGAGGUGGUGGGGAUUGCGGGACCGCAGAACGCGGAGUUUGUGAAGGGGCUGGGGGCUUCGGAGGUUAUUGAUUAUAAAGCGCAGGAGCUCGGGGAGUGGGCUAAGGAGAACGAAAAGGUUGAUUUGGUGGUUGAUCUUCUUGGUGGGAAGACCUUGGAGAGUGCAUGGGGAACUGUCAAAGACGGCGGUAUCUUGCUCAGUGUUUCUCAGCCGCCAAACACGGCAAAGCCAGACGACAGAACCUCCAAGGAUGUUCAAGAUAAGUUCUUCAUCAUGGAGCCUGAUGGAUGGCAGCUUGAUGAGGUGAGGGAUUUGAUUGAAGCGGGAGAGGCCAAACCGGUUGUCGACAGUGUCUGGAAGCUAGAACAGUUCAAGGAAGCAUUUGCAAAGGUUGCUUCCGGUCAUACAAGAGGAAAGGUGAUCAUUAAAGUUCAAGACGACUAAUUGCUUAUUAGGGAUCGUACUUGUUAACAUAGCAUGAUUCAAUAUAGUAAAGAACAAUAUAGAAAGUAUGGAUCUUCAAUAUGUUACCAUAGCUUUCCUUUGUUCCUCUUAGCUUACGUCUCUCCACGUUUAUUUCCGCAUCUAGAUUGAGUCCUAGAUAGAGACAGCGCUAUAGACUGUUUAAAAUAAGGUUGGUUCACAACAGAUAGAGCCAAACGCACCCAUCAGUGCCUUCUCUAGGCGUUGCCUCUCCUUUCCUGUAGGAGCUGCUUUAAGCCGGCCUUAUAGCCGGGAUACUAAGCCGAAUAGGA